GAGCCGAGUGAUAGAGACAGUGGGAUUAUCCCUCUCCCUGGCCUCCGUACUGGUAUCCCUGGCUAUUUUCUCCUACUUCAGGUCUCUACGCAACAACAGGACAAGAAUGCACCUCAACUUGUUCGUAGCGAUGAUGAUACAGCUGAUGGUGCGUCUGACACUCUAUAUUGACCAGUACAUCACCAGGAAAACUCAACAGAAAGCUACAGGCAUUGAAAACACGCCUGUGUUGUGUGAGGUGUUCUAUAUAUUGAUGGAGUACGCCCGCACGGCUAUGUUCCUCUGGAUGUUCAUUGAGGGAUACUACCUCAACAGUAUGCUUACCGUGGAUGUCUUCACCGACCAGCCCAACCACACAAUAUACAACUUGCUGGGCUGGGGCGUCCCUGUAGUGAUGACAACAGUGUGGGCAGCAGUGACAGCCUACCAGCACACCGGCACAGAGUGUUGGUGGGGCUAUAACUUGAGUCCGUACUUCUGGAUCCUGGAGGGACCUCGCCUCACCGUCAUAAUAACGAACUUCCUGUUCCUGCUGAACAUCAUGCGAGUGUUGAUCACCAAGCUACAAGCCAGCGCCUCCUCUGAGACCCAGCAGGCAAAGAAGGCCGUGCGUGCGGCCAUCGUGCUGCUGCCACUACUAGGAAUUACCAACAGCCUACAGAUGGUACACUCACCGCUGGAGGGUAACAUUGUGGAGUUCGCUGCCUGGAGCUUCAUUACUACCUUCCUCACUGCCUUUCAGGGGUUCUUUGUCGCUCUGCUGUACUGCUUCCUCAACCACGAGGUACGGUGUACUGUGGGGAAAUGUCUGGGCAACCUGUACACACAGCGCCUCCUGCCCAAGAGGUCGAAACGAAGCUGCAUCAACGGCACCGUGCAGAGGUGCGGAGCCCCUACCACCACCGCGUAUUCCAGUAUAGGUUUAAGCAGUGAGGCAGCAGCCGCGGAGGAACCUCUGACCACACUACGAGAGGUCACAGUGGAACACAGCGGUGACCUCGGACUGGCCAUCACAACCGUAUGACCCUCCACCACUCCCUCUCUCCCUCAGUUCACCCUCCUCCCCCUCCUCCUCCUCCAUCUCACUCUCCAAUUCUCUCCUCCAGCGCCUCCGUCGAGGCGUUCUCCUCUCGUCUUCCCAGCAUCAGAAACAUUAAGUUGCUUCUUCUCUUCUCCAUUGUCUCUCUUGCUCACACUUUCUCUGCUCUUCUCCACCAUUCCAUCUCAACUCUGGAAAGUCUCAAAAAUCUUGUACCACCUCAUCAUUAUCUUCCUGUUUCUCUCUGUCUGUCUGUCUACUUCUCUGUGUAUCUCUCUGUCUCUCUCUUUCCUUCUGUCUUUCUUCCUUUCUGUUACAUUUGUUUGCUUUUACCAAGCAUUUCCUCCUCCAUUAUCUCCACCACACGAGGGAGUUAAGGAGCUUUACCCAAGAGGAUCCAGUUCGGUCACCUUGAGAGUCGGGGAUAAACACACACUCCACCACCUGGGCGACCAAUAGAAACACCAGGACAAGAAAAACCUGGCUUCUGAAUGGCUGAAAGGAAGACUCCUGCCCACACAAACACGUCUCCGGCACCAGCAGGAGCCGCCGGACCAUCCCGUUUUCAGUGGAGGAGUGAACAAAAGCCUCUUCUCAGCCUACGAGAAUUCACUUUUUAGCUUCGUAAAAUAAGUGGUCAUUGAAACUGAUGUCGUGUAAGAAUAUCUCCCAUUCAACGGUAUGAACACAGCACAUUUUUUCGGUCCUCCAGACAUCCCCUCUUCAGGUAAUUUGCGUUAGUUCCAUAUUGUGGAUAAUGUGUGUUACUCCCAAUAAUAGCUGAUGUUAAAUAUUCCCAAAAUAUUGAGUAUCGAGAAAUCAAGGGUCAUUAGAUUUAUAAAUAAGGAAAGUAGAUAAGAGAAUUUAUUAGAGCUUUUCAAUGUUUAUUAGAUGUCUGAAGAGUCAGAGUAACUUUUGUUGAUGUUUUUGAGAGCAAUUACUUUAUAUUUACCUAUAAUUUUUAUGUAUCAUGUCCACUCUGUAUGUGUGUGUGUGUGUGUGUGUGUGUGUGUGAGAGAGAGAGAGAGAGAGAGAGAGCGUGAGUGUGAAAGGCAACAGCAGGAGACCUAUCCUAGGCCAAAGAAUCGGAAACACUUACAUCAAAAAAAAAAAUUUUAAAACACUAAAUUUCCGUGUGAAAUCAACCACUGCAAAACUGAUUUUCUGUCUCACCGAUGGGAGCCAAUCAGACUCACCAUGGGUGGGGUUAGAACCCGCGAUCAGAGAGCCAGUCAGAAUGUGAAAGCAAAGUCACCAGAGGUAAAACUUUUAAAUCCUUUUACUAGCACACAUUUCAAGGACCCCUGAGACUGAGGGGAGAAAAAAUAAACAAACCAGACUACACCUUUUAUUCACCUCGUGGAAAUCGGACAUAGAAGGAAUAAAUUAUGAACUUCCAAUCAGGCAGUGGAGAAGAUUCAAUAUUUAUGUCUGAAUAAGUGAUAGAGACGCAACUAAUAAGCACAGGGAGAGAUAGAUAGAUAGAUAGAUAGAUAGAUAGAUAGAGAGAGAGAGAGAGAGAGAGAGAGAGAGAGAGAGAGAGAGAGAGAGAGAGAGAGAGAGAGAGGGAGAGAUAAGGAGGCUAGAAUACAGAAAUAGGUGAACAUGAGAAAAGCAUAAUAAGAGACUAUGAACAAGAAACAAGAAUCGUGACAUUAUAAAUCUCUGCCCAGAGCGAAACAUCGUGUGUAAUACAGAGGCGUUGUGCACCUAGCGUGUUUCGUCCAAGGCAGCGGGCGAAACUGGCCAUCUAUCACAGGUUAGGAACUCACUAUGCCGGUCUAGUGAAGGUUGAAAGCCGGAGAGAAGAGCUGGAGCUCCAUCAGCUGAUGCCGUUUGGAAAAAAUCAGGAAAAAUUUCAGAUUUUUCCAACUUAAAAGAAAGGAAAAUAAAGUUAUCCUAGUGAAAUUUUAUCGGUGUUAGAAAAUAAGUAAAAAAAGGAAGAUAUUUUAAUUUAAG